CUCCGAUGUUGCAAUCGCAAAGUAGCGUUGUCGCAUCACGUGACGGUGCCCAGCUGGCCUGAAAAUGGAAAGUGGCUGCAGCAGCCGAGCGGUGCAGAGAGCAAUGGGAGACAUCAGCUUUUGGGCUGACCACACACCUGUGCAUGAAGCUGUCAAAGAAGGCAAGAUCCUUAAGCUGAGGCAACUGAUUGAAAAUGGAGCUUGUGUGAAUUUAGUUACCGUAGACUCCAUAACCCCAUUGCAUGAGGCAAGUCUGCGGGGGCAAAUCCAAUGUGUACAGAUGCUGCUUGCUGCAGGCGCACAGGUCGAUGCCAGGAACAUUGACGGGAGCACUCCUCUCUGCGAUGCCUGUGCUGCUGGGAACAUUGAAUGUGUGAAGUUACUGUUGAGCCAUGGAGCAAAAGUGAACCCCAUGCUGUUUGCAGCAUCACCACUGCAUGAGGCCUGUAUGAUCGGGAGUGCAGCGUGCAUGAAGCUGCUCAUUGAUGUCGGAGCAAAUCUGGAGGCUUACGACUGCCACUUUGGGACCCCGUUACACGUGGCUUGUGCAAGACCGCACGUGGACUGUGCAAAGCUGCUGCUCAAUGCAGGGGCGAAUGUGAAUAGUGCUAAACUCCAUGAAACUGCACUUCACCUUGCAGCCAAGACAAAGAAUGUGGAUUUGAUCAAAAUGCUCAUUGACUAUGGAGCCAAUGUUUAUGCACAGGACAACAGAGGCAGGCUGCCUUUGGACUAUACGCAAUCCGGAUCACCACCCUCAGCUUGUCUGCAGUAUUACCAGAGAACGCCGUUGAGUUUAUCACACCACUGCAGAAUGGCUCUAAGGAAAGUUCUUGGCCCUCAGAGAUUGCAUGCGAUUUACCAGUUAAACAUUGCCCCAAAACUCAUCAGCUAUCUCUGCUAUGAGUGAAGCUGUUUGAAACUCAGAAUAUUAAUGGGCACUUGUGAUGCAUUGAUUUAAAUGCCCAAUCGUCAGUUCUUAUGAACACAUUUAAUACUCUUGCUUACACUUAAUGCCAACAGAAGGCAGGAGACUGAGAUUACAUUAAAAUGGACAGUAACCUCCAACAUCUCCCUGCACAUGCAAAUAGUGACUCUCAGUAUGAAGAUUGAACUUUUCCUGAUGGUAACAGAAAACACUGUUAACUCAGUUGCUCCCAGGGAUAAAUUUAAACCCUAUAUGUACAAUUCACAUAUUUUUAAACUUGGCUCCAUCGAAAUCUCCAUGUAUUAGUACAGAUUGUCUAUUGACACCACUUGAUCCAUCAGUUCUGAGGAAGGGUCACCAGACUCGAAAUGUUAACUCUGUUUUUCUCCUCCACAGAUGCUGCCAGACCUGUUGAGCUUUUCCAGCAACUUUGUUUUUGUUCCUGAUUUACAGCAUCCGCAGUUCUUUUUGGUUUUUAUUUAGUGUUCCCUGAUUGAGUUGGAAACAAGGCAGGACUUGUCAGCAGAACUUGGAGCUAUGUUUUCAACGGCAAACUAAGCUUGCUUAAAAAAAAACAAAGCAAAUAUAAUCUAUUUACAGAAUCUACUUCAAAUAAGUCUCUUGUAAACAGACCUCAGACCUAAACAGUUUAGGAGAAUGAGGAGAGAAUCUUCUAGAAACCUAUAAAGUUCGAAGAGGACGAGACUGGGUAAACACAGAUGACUUGGGGGUCCACAGAUAGGGGUCACUGUUAAAGGCUAUGGGGUAGGCUGUUGGACUGUGAUGAGGUGAAAUUUGUUUACCCAGAGAGUGGUGAACCUGUGGAGUUCUUUGCCAAAGAAAGUGAUUGAGGCCAAAAGAUUGGAUGUUUUCAAGAAGGAAUUAGCGAUUAAUGGGAAAGGGCAGAAAGUUGGAACAGAACACUGAGAUGGAUGACCAACAAUGACCAUUCUGAGUGGCAGAGCAUGCAGAAGGGCUGAAUGGCCUACUCCUAUUAUGUGUUCCUAUGGAACACAUGACUGAAACUACAGCGAUUUGCCCAGUAAAAAGCGGGACGAUUGUUUUUUUUCCAACAAAUUGCAGUUAACUAAACAGAUCAAUGCAGAUUGUGGCUCGACUGGUGAAUCAAUGAAUGUGAGAAUUCCGAAAUUGGAAAAUGUAUUGUGCAAUAUUGCAGAAAUAUUUAUUACAACCUUUGGUUGUAAGUUCUCUUACACCUCCCCUUACUUUGGUUAGAAUCUUCUGGAAUCUUCCAUGGAAAAUUUGGUGAUGGUGAGUGAGGCACUUAACCAGGCUGAAGGUGAGCACUUUUCCAUAUUCCCAAAUUAAAUCCGGGGCAAGAACCUCCUGGGGAAAGUCUCUGCACCCAUUGGUAAUUGAAGCCUUUAAGUGGCCAGUUAAUGCCCAUUCGAGGUUUUCGUGCUGAUGGCCCUGGUGUAAACCUCGUGGCAGGUGUAGGGCUUACUAAACAGAUAGCACUACCAUUGUAUAGAGUGGGGAAGUGGGAUGGUUUUGGGGUUUGAUGCAUGUGGAAGAGUGUGGGACACUGGAGUUGGUUCGGGGCAAUAAGGUACAUCGAGAGUGGGACAAUGAGAUUGCUUCACCAGUAUGGACUUGUUGGAGGGCUGUCGGUGGUGUCUUUUGGUUUUAAAAUCAUGCACUAGAAGGUGGGUGUCACUCUCUUGGGCCAGCAUUAAUUGGCAUCAGAAAGGGAUGGUCAUGUGCUCUGCUUCAUGGUAACCUCAGCCAGCGCAGGAAUUGCUCCCAUGCUGUUGGCAUCACAUUGCAUUAUAAACCUGCCAUCUGAAGUGCAAAAGGACGUUGUGAAAAACAUCUUCUGAAGAAGGGUUUAGGCCUGAAACGUCAGCCUUCCUGCUCCCCUGAUGCUGCUUGGCCUGCUGUGUUCAUCCAGCUCUACACUUUGUUGUCUCUUGUAAAAACCCAUCAGGUUCACCAUCUCAGGUGGUGACAUGGUCCCCUAUUGGACUAGGUUUUUUUUUCUACUUUACUCCAGUUCUUUAAAGUUGAGUGAGUUUCACCGUUUACCAUGGUCAGAUUUGAACCUCUAUCUGCAGACGUUAGUGUGAGGUUCUGGAUGACUAGCCAGUGACAUUACCACUGCGCUGUUGUCACCCCUUAAGCCCCCUUUUCCCAGCAGUCUGUUCGGUAAACUUAAAGGUCCAGCAUCACAGCCAGACACUUUGACAGUUAAUGACCUGAGUAAUAGUUAACUUCAGAAGAACGCUCCAAUUUUUAAAUGGAUACUUUCAGAAGAUUCUGGGUGUAGGGGAACUGCCCAGUUAUUCCCUGGCAAUUCAUUAAGAGCCUGCUACAUUGGGAAUUCUGCUGCUCUCUCAUUCCCAGAAAUGAUUAUCUGGCCAUUGAAAAUGUCAGGGCUCUCUGCUAUGAUACAGGCGGUAAUCCAGGGUUGAAGGAACAUUGAAAUUUUCUGAAAAGUUUACAUUUUGAUAAAUGUUAAAACCGACAAGCUUUCUGUUUUGUUAUUUCCUGCCUUUUCUCGGCACCAGGCAAGGUGUAGCUAAGUUAGGCCAUGUCUUACCAAGGGAGUGCUGCCUUUGUAUCUUCAGAUGCUCGUCAUCUGCUUAGGCUGGCUCUGUUGCUAUCACUGUAUGUGCAAUAUACCUUUUUAAGACACAUGCUCAACAUGUCAUCACCAUAUCAUAGCAUGUGACCUGAUGGUAGAAAGUUCUCAGUCUCCAUCUUACUGGAUCCACUCGCAGCAUGACACACUGAAGGGAUUGUGCUAGUUUUUAACUGAAAUGCUUAGCACUAGCCUAGACAUGAAAGCGUCUAUGAUUGUAAUAUAUGUAGAUACCAAUGGCUGUAAUAAAUGUCUAUUGAAUCUUUGAGUAUGAAGUUGCUUGUGUCUACUUCUUUAUACUCCAGACACUAACAUAAAAUAUCACUUCUUCAGGUACAAACACCCAACUGAAGGUAAAAACCCUUGCGAUGUAUCUGUGGCAAAUCAGAUGAAACACAUGAGGAGCAAAACCAGAAAUUGCUGGAGAAGGUCAGGCAGCACCUGUAGAGAGAACUGAGUUAAUGUUUUGAGUCCAGUGACUCUCCUUCU